GCCAGCAGUAAUUACGUAAAUUAUAAUUUUUGUAUUUGAUUACGGGAUGUUAUUUCUUCACCGUGGAAGCUAUUCGUAAACAUUUCAUAAAGACUUAUUUCAUUACUUGUUACUUGGCUGCGAAUUGUGAACACAAGCACAGUCGCAUCGCUUAGGAAUCGAUACAAAAGCACCGGACAUUUUAUUCUUACGGCCACAUCGACUUCUUUAAGAUUAAAUCUAAGAUCUGACUUGAUUAUUUAUUUAAUGUUUAUUUUACGUUAUAACUCUGAAUUGAAUUAUUUUUAAUAUAAAAUGUUAAUUUCAUUGAAAAUUCUAUUUAGGUAUUUCGAGUAAUCUGUAUCAUUUGCGUGUAUGACGAUUUAAAAAGUUGUGGAAUUGUCAAAAUAUAUUGAUUGUUGGACAUUUGCGCAAAUAAAUUCUUAUUUUGAGAUGAACACUGAGUUUCAUUUACAAAUCUGGUUUUUAAAAAUACCUCAUGUUAGUUGUUGUUAAACUGAUAUUCAUGCUGUUUUUCUUGAGUGAUCUGUAUUCUUUUAAGUCAUCAUUCCAUUGAAGAGUUAACACUCUUCAAGCAAUUAUAGUAAAUUAUGGUGGAAAACGGUGCCUCGAGUGGUGGCAGUGAUAGUCCUAGUGCAACAUGUGUUCGUUCUGGUCUUCUAGAGACGUUAGUCCGUGGUGUUUGGUAUCGCGUUCAUUGUUCAUUAGAAGACGAUUACCUGAGCGUCUGUCUCGAUGAUGGGUAUGAUGCGACAACGACUUUGAAUGGCACUCUGAACAACAACAACGUCGAAACUCCGAACAGCGACUUCGCAGAGGUACCCGAAGCAAUUGCAAACCAAAAACGUUUAGUACAAGUUGUGAAAUCGGACAACAACGGGCUUGGUAUAUCAAUAAAAGGUGGAAUCGAAAAUAACAUGCCAAUAUUGAUAUCAAAAAUAUUCAAGGGUAUGGCAGCCGACUUGACUGAACAGUUGUACGUUGGUGAUGCUAUAUUGUCUGUAAACGGUGAGGAUCUCAAAGAUGCGACACACGAAGAAGCUGUAAAGGCAUUGAAGAGAGCUGGAAAAAUGGUACAACUGGAAGUGAAAUAUCUCCGUGAAGUGACACCGUACUUCCGUAAGGCAUCCAUUAUAAGUGAAGUAGGAUGGGAGCUACAACGUGGGUAUAUGGCAGACACACCACCGUCGCCACCAUCUCCACGCCGUCGACGGGCAGACACUCGUUAUGUACCACUGUUAAUGGCAUGCGUUGCCAAGAAUCUCCGUCAUAAUGACCCAGAGGAUCGCACAAUCGAAAUAUAUUCACCGGACGGCGUCCACGCAUUAGCAUUACGGGCCAGUUCAGCGGCCACAGCGUCAGGGUGGCAUCGCGCGCUACAUGCAGCCGCACGUCGGGCUGCACGCGCCGCUCUUGCUCGCGCCAGGCCGAGACUUCGCCCUCUUGUAGGCGAUGUGCGAUAUGCUGGUUGGAUGGCAAGGCGCCCACCGCAAGAUCAUAUGAGCGCUUCAGGAGGGUCUGACAGCUCCGACGAGACUGAAGGCUGGCAGCCAACAUUCGUUGCAAUCACAGACAGAGAGUUAAGGCUGUAUGAGGCGGCGCCGUGGUCGGCGGAGGCAUGGUGCGCGCCGGCGGAGAGCCUGCGGCUGGCGGCGACGCGGCUGGCCUGGUGGCGGCGAGCUGGGGCGGGCGGGGCGGCGGCGCUGGGGCUGCGGGCCGGGUGCGUGGACGGGCUGGUGCAGCGAGCCCUGCGCGCGGACUCGCCGCACGACCUGGCGGCCGCCGCGUCCGCGCUGGUGGAGGGGGCGCACGCGGCGGUGCGAGCGCAGCCCGAGUUCACGUUCCGCUGCUCGGUGGGCGGGGCGGCGGCGCGGCUGGCGCUGGGGGCGGCGGGCGUGUGCGUGUGGGAGGCGGCGGGCUCGCUGGGCCGCGCGCUGUACCGCCGCCCGCUGCACGCACUCCGCGCUUCCGCUGACGACGACAACAACAAGCUCUGGCUGCACUUCGCUGACGACGACACGUUGGAGCUAGAAAUGGACGGUAGCCCGAAGCCGGCUGUGUUCAUUCUGCACAAUUUGCUGUCGGCUCGCGUCCACUCGCUGCCGGGAGAUCCGACACCGAACCCGCUAUAACCCGAACAAUUUAAAGAAGGCAUCAAAUCAUCAUCGAACGAUAACAACUGCUCGUCGAAGCUGCUCUCAUCGAUAUGAUCAGGGUUGUACUUGUUUUGAUUUGUAUGAUCAACGCAUUGGAUCGUACUCAGUUCGAAAUUCAAAUUGGAUCGCACUCGACUCGAUUUGUAGGGUUGGUUUGUAAAAUAACUAGGUCGUAGUUUAGUAGAAAGGAUUCAGUCAAGGAUUAUACCAAACGAACUCUUUGGAACAUAGUAGUUUUGCAACAAUUAUCAAUGAACGAAGGUUUUUUUUUACACUGGCAACCCAUGCGACUAAAACAAAAAUAUAUCAUUCUGCCGCGCCAAUAAAGAAACGAAUCUAAAAUGGCGUCUAUGUACCUGCACUGACAAAUAGUAGGGUAAACAAAUAAAAAGAAAGAUAGAAAGAAAAAGUUGUUUAUUGUAAAAAAAUAAAAAUAAAAACAAAUGAGAAAGUACUUUACUUUACUUUGGUGCCCUGGCAGAGGGGGAGGUGUCUCAUAUAGGAUGCAACUUGCGUAGACACUUUUGCUGCCAGUCAGCUAAGUAGCACAACUCGAAAGUGAAAAAACUCGAACUCAACAACAAAGUCGAAACUAAUAUUUUUUUUUGCAUGCAGUACGCGCCGUGUGCGACUAAAGACAGCAAUAGUUUAGACUGAGAGCGCAUGAUCGCCGCUGCCAUUUUAGAUUCGUUUCUUUAUUGGCGCGGCUUAUAGAAGUAAAUUUAAAAUAAUUGUAAUGUGUGCUAUUUGAGUGUGGCGGUUUGAGCCUUUUCUGCUAAAUGCCGGUCUAUUUUAAAUAUCGGUACAAUAAUCGACAAAUACGCUCGGUCGUGGUUUCAGAACCUGUAAAAGCCGGCUCUGUGAAAUAUGUAAUAAGUAGUAGCAGAUCCAAGGGAAUUAAUACUAUUCCUAUAAUGUCCUUGUGUACUCUUAACACUUUUGGCCUAAUAAUAAAAAAUCCUAUAUUUAAAUAAGGAACAAUUGAAAGCUUAAUUUAACAUUUAACGUCAGUUUUCAUUUAAUAUUAACCGACGAAGAUAAAACAAAAUCGAAUAAUUAUAUACUCGUAUUAUGAAUUAAAUUGAGGAAUACAUAAUGCCACCUAGGCUACAUUAAGCCGAAGUUAAAAAGAGUAUAAAAAUCUGCGAAUCUUCUAAAUAAAUACUCAAUAAAAUUAUAUAAUGUAUUCCGUUGAAAUUGAAUCUCUUUUAUCAAAAUAAACGUAUCUGUGAUUGUGCACAAUUUAUCAAACGAAAUUUCUGCAUAUCUGAAGCGAAUUCUCAAUUCACUCACUUCACUAGUAUAGUAUAUACAAUAAAACAGAUUGGUUUUUUGCAUAGUUUUGACUGUAUAUUUGUAUGGCUAAUCUGUAAUAGUAAACUUUUCGGCAUAUACAUGUAUCUAUUUUAUAUCAUUCAUGAAAAAUUGUAUUCAGGAUGGUUUCGAGAUUCGAUCGCGUUAUCUAUUUAAAAAAACAUUUAAUUAAAGCUAAAGCAAAGAGUUGCGAUUUGGCACCGUUGACACUUGACAAAGUAGCCACUUGACACUUGACACUUGUAAGCGAUUGACAGAGACUAACGCAAAGGCACAUUUUCUGGCCAUGAUUACCUACAUAUACAUUCGUGAUUACAAGUCUGAAUGCCAAGAAAAUGCAAAAUUCCAGGGGGGGCGUGUUCUAAGACGUUACAUCGAUUCCGCUCAACCGAAUUUGAGCAAUUCAUCAUGCUUAUAAAGAAUCUCCAUCUGACAUCCCUGGUUUUAGUCACACGAGAUUAGGAACUGACUGUCGAAGUUAAAGUAUGUUUGGAAAUCCCCUAAGGGAUUCCCGGAGAAACCACGUUUAAAAAUCAAUAUCACAAUUAAAAAAAAAUCAGUCUAGAGGAUUGUUGAGUUAAAAUCUAGCUACAAAUACAUAGAAUAUCGAUCUCGGGAAUUCCUGGAUAAUAUCACCAACAACGUGUUCUUUGAGUCGAGGCAGCGAAAGCUUAUAUACUGCGUGUUAAAAAGAUCACUUCCGAAAAUGAAGAUAGACGAUAGUAUUAAUGACACCUUUGAUGAUGGGACGGAAAAAAAUCGAUACUGAUUAAAAAAAAAAAACAUUUUUAUAGCGUAUUAUUAGCAUUAUUUACGCUCCUUUAUGUUAGUACAGAUAAAUGAAACGAUAGUUUUAUAGAAAAUACAUUACUUUACUAAAAAAAACCAGCAAUGAAACACAAAAUAAAUAACAGCUGAUGCUCGGAUCAACGAACGCCCAGGCGUUGCGUUUCUUUUACACGCACACCGGCGCGAAGCUGAUACCGCGCUCCCCAAGAAUUACUUUGUUUACUAUCGUCUGUCUUCGUUUUCGGAAGCGGUCUCCUAACACCCAGUGUAGGUCGGUAACGUCUUAGAAUAUGAGUGUUAGAUUAAAUCAGCGGUCGGGGAACUUUUUUAAUUAUUACACCAAAAUAUUUUUUGUGUAAGUUGAUAUCACCUCAUGGCGAAGAACAAAACAAAAACGAAAUCGCUUCCAUUUAGCAUCUUUCAUAUUAUAAGCCCCCAUGAUAAUUUUUAAAAGAAAACAAUAACAAAAAAUUUAACGUUUCUAAAGAAGUUUCACUUCAAUAUAUAUUUUUUACUCACAAAAGUUUCAUUUUUACCCCCAAAAUUUCAUUUUACCCCAUUUGGGGUAAUUUACCCCGGUUCCCCGACUGCUGGAUUAAAUUGACGCUAUUUCCAGAAUUUUGAAGAGAUAUUAAAAUUUUAAAUUAUUCGUAACCGGUGAAAGUAAUUUUUUAAUGUGUGGUAGUACUGAUAUACAAACGUAUGUAAAUAACAUUUAUCAUUCAAGUACAUGAACACCACAACCAAAACGCAACAUAAUAAUUAAACCAGUGCUUGUUUUCGUGUUUGGUUAAAGGUUGAGAUCUUUGAAAACAGCUCCGGUAGUAAGUAUGAGAUAACCUCCGUUAGUAAGUAUGAGUUACCUAUAGGUUGCUGUAUAUUCAAAUCUAUAAAUGAUUGAUAAUAAAACAGUGAAGUACUAAUUGUAGUAAUUGUGUGGUCGAAUCUCAUGGUAUCUUUUAAGAUGCUCAAAGCGAUGAUCGCCUCCAUGACGAUUAUUGAAACGAAUGAUUGUUGUAAUUCGAUAUAAUAUCGUUUUCCUAUAUGAUGCUCAAAGUGAUGAUCGCUUCCGUGACGACAAUUAAAACGAAUGAUCAUUGCAAUUAGAUAUCAUAUCGAUUUCUUGUUGAGCAGUGCCGAGAAGAACGUUCUCGAAUAAUUUUUAAUUCGAAAAAGAAUUGAACACCAAAAUCGAAAACGGGACAAUAAUUAUCAUAUGAUUUUACAAGAAAAAAAAAACAUAUGAUUCUAAAUAUGUUUCCAAAUGAAAAAUAUAACUUACUGGUCAUAAUCUUCCAAAGAAAUUGUUUUUAAUGAUAAUUUUAUAUGUUUAUUGAUUGAAUUUGAAUUUUUAAAUGUAUUUAUGUAUUUAGUGGUAUCCGAAACAUUCCCAGAGUUUAAUCUGUAUGUAUAUUAUAGUUUGUUUUAAUAAUGAAUUUUAUGUGUAUUUGGUAAAAUAAAAUUAGUAGUAAUGUAAAUAAAUAAAUAAAUGGUUUUGACCACAUUGACGUCUGUCUGUCAAUGUGGUCAAAACCGUUUUUUUUUUGCGUUCAAGCGACCGAUGUAGUAGGAAUGUUUUGUUGAUUAUACCCUCUUUAGCAGCAAGACUUAUUUGAUAAUAAUUUUAUGGUCAUGAGCAUUUAAAAACAAUACUUUGUUGAAUUAAAGAAAUAAUAUCAUGUCCUUCUUUAAACGAGUUUUGAAGCGCCCUUAACAGUAAACAGAAGCAAGCAUAGCUGUGGCCAUUCGCAUUGUUGAAUUCACGAGCGACGGUGCUUACUUAUCAUCAGUGUGCUUAGUGCGAGUUUUUUACGGUUCUCGAUAGCGUAAAAGUUAGCUCAUAUUUGUAUUGAAUGGGAUCGUUUGCCUACGUUUGCCGUUAGGGGCGCUGCUCCAACUGCAUACAAAAUUGGGCUAACUUUUACGCUAUCGAGAAUGGUAAAAAAAUUCGCACUAAGCACACAGGUGGAUCGUGUUCUCGUCUCUCCUGCACAGCAAUAAAAUCAACUUUUCUCGUCUCAUACAACUUUUACUGAAUUUAUUAUUAUAGUAUUUACAAAGCUCCUAUUGAGAAAUAUCGAGAAGCUUUGUUACGGGUACGAUGUUCUAAAUAUUUAUUCUUAAUAAUUAACGAAAUUGGUUCAACAAGUUCUCCCGUGGAUACAAAAGUAAUGUGAAGUAGAGUAGUAGUGUGAAGUAAUAAUGAUAAAUAAUAUGGUAUUGUUUUAUCUUUUCUUUAAAAACGCUAACCAAUGAGAAAUUCGUAAUUUUUUUAAAGUAAUAUAAUAGUUGAUUAAUGCGCUCGACUUGCCUAAGUAUAUAUAUUAUAAUUAUUAUUCAUUAAAAGCUGCUCUAUACCUAUUGGGGUCAUUUGGAAUGUAAAACGGUCACAUUUUUCUAAAAGAACUAAGUUUGCGUGGGUUAAUAGAAAAAUGUAGGUAAUCUUGCCCCUAAAUAAUAAGAUAAUAAAGUCAAGAUCAUAGCCAUUUUUCUUGUGAAGAUUUUACAGCCUGGUAAUGAGACCUUUAAGCCAGAUCACAGCCAAAGACACUAGACCAUAGACACCCAAAAUGAGCAAUAAAAUUCGUUAUUUUUAAUUUACCAAUAUUUUUAGUAUAAAAAUCUGUAUUAAUAAAAUAAUUGGUGGAUAAAACACUAUUGAUGAUGUUUUAACUAAAAUAUAUUAAAGUUAAGUUUUAAAACUUUUUAAAUAUGUAUUCGCUUUUGCUCUAAUCGCGAGGUAAAUCCUAAGCUAUAGACUCGACUAGGUACGUAUAGUUACCCUAUUAUAUCAUAUUAAGUGACUUGUUUAUCGUCUAUAUAAUAAAUGUGUGUAAACGCCAUCUUAUAUCAAAUAAUUUAAGGUAUAAUCUUAGUAUUUUUACUGGUGAUUUUUUACUACUCUUUUAAAUAAAUUUUUAGUAGUUAUCCAGAGUAUAAUGUUGCCUAUUAGUAUUUAAUUCGAACAAUGAGGUAGAUGAUAUUUUAUGCUAUUUGAAAUAAAUAGAAUCGAGAUGCCGUGAGAUAAGUGCUAUAAUUUCCAAUGGUCUUAUAUUGUACGUAUAUUGUAUCAUAAAUAGUUGUAUAAUUUAUAUUAUUGAAAUAAAUCUUAUCUUGCCUAUGAAACGUAAAAAUUAGUGACUUUAAUUUUGAAAUAGCGCUAUCUGUUGAUUGUACUUGUAAAUUUUUUUUUUUUUUUUUUUUUUUUUUUUUUUAUUGCCCUUGUAGGCAGACGAGCAUACGGCCCACCUGAUGGUGAGUGGUUACCGUCGCUCAUGGACUUCAGCAAUGCCAGGGGCAGAGCCAAGCCGCUGCCUACUGCUUAAUACUCUCCAUAAGCCUCGUUUGAAGAAGGACAUGUCAUAGCGCUCGGGAAACACCGUGGAGGGGAGCUCAUUCCAUAGCCGGAUGGUGCGUGGCAAAAAAGAUCUCUGGAAGCGCACUGUGGAUGACCGCAGUGGCUCCAGGUAGUAUGGAUGAACUCUACUCCGGUGGCGGGCGGUGCGGUGGUAAAAACGAGAUGCCGGUAUCAUCUCGAAUAAUUCCGAAAAUUAGAAUAUCAUAGUUUUGGUCGAUAGAUAGCAGCGCUUGAGGUUUCUUAUUAAAUUGAAAAAAUGUACACGCAACAUCGAACAUGGAUUGAAUGAAUAGAUAUAGGAUGUAAGGUAACCGUUUCGCAGAUCUGAAACUAUAUACUAAUGUAACAAGCAGAGAGUAAUAUGAAUAUAAUUUAUUAAAAAAAAACAUUUGAUAUUUUAACAUCUCAAGACUAUCUAAUAUUUAGAGCCGAACGUAACCUUAAACAAAAAUUUCCUCUGCCGUCUUUCCCCGCGUGUCAAGCUAAAUUUGAUAAACAAAACCAACCAUGAACAAGUUUGCCGUAUCAAUAAUUUCAUAUUCCAUGAACCAGCAAACUAAACCAUAGUUAUGUAUGGGCCGCCUUGUUUGUGUUACAUUGCGCGUUGUAUACGACCACCAGUUUCCUUAUAUCCUAUAUUUUAUAUUUAGGGACCUUUUAAGCAAUAAAGACAACGAUUUGGGAUAUUAAAGCAAUUUUAAACUAUUAUGGUUGGAUGCAGCAGUGUAUUAAUAACAAUUGAUUUAAAAUGAGACAUAGAGUAUAAACGAAAUCAGCUUAUUCCAGAUGUCAAGGUGAGUGACGACAUUCUGGGUGCACUAAUAAUAGUUCCUUGUGAUUCAGAAAUUAUAGUAUAGAUUUACUUAGAAUAGUUUUCAUUAAAUUAAUAACUGUUCAUAAAAAAAAACUACCCACCGUUAUUUUUUGUCAUUUUUUUUGUAUUAAAAUCCAAACAGCUGUCUUUAACCUGUAAGCUACAUCCCAUGAAGAAAACCGUCCCCGAUAUCAAAACGGAAAACUUCAUUCAUUUAUUUUGUCAAGCAAUAAAAUAUUUACGAAAUAAAUUUAAAAGUUCAUUAGUCCGUAAAGUAAGUGAAGCUAUAUUCAAAGUCGGUUAGAUCGCGCGCAUCACCCGGUUUUACUGACUAUUCAUUUUCUACGAAGACAGAAGUCUUCCGUUACGUAUAUGUCAAGUAGGUAUUCGAGAUAACAAAUCUUGUAAAAAUACUAGUAGACAAAAAAACUGUAGAAAUGUUUUCGAUUCUUAUUUUUAUAUAUAGUUUCUAUAGAGGAGUUCGUUUAUUAAUUGAUUUCAUCAUCCGAUAAUGAAAAAGUAAUUAAAAUAGUUAAUGCAAAAUUUGUCGUAAGUGCAAGUGUUGCGUGUUUACAUACAUACAUAUUAUUAUUAGGGAAUUAAUGAUUUCGUGUUAAAAAUGCUAGUUGUUUUAUAUUGUGAUAUAUAUUUUGUAGAGGUCUCAUAGUAACGGCAUUGUCAUUUGUAUAGAUUGAAAUCAUAACAAUGCAAUAAAGCAACGAAGAAAAUG